CCCGAUGCUCCCGGUAGGAACAUUUCUGGAGCAUCUUGUUCACCAGGUCCAAUCGCACCUCCAAAGAGAUCGAUAUCAUCGGCUCCACCGUCCUUUCCUUUCUUCUUUCCAAAGCGGAAGCCCUUUCCUCCGCCCUUUCCUCCUCCGGCACCUGAUCCGCCCGCUCCUCCGGCUCCUCCGGCUCCGCCGCCCAUUCCGCCGGCUCCACCUGCCAUUCCGCCAGCUCCACCAGCCAUUCCGCCGGCUCCACCGGCCAUUCCACCAGCUCCGCCAGCCAUUCCACCCAUUCCACCGGCUCCGCCUCCCAUUCCUCCGGCUCCGCCGCCCAUUCCACCGGCUCCGCCGCCCAUGCCGCCCAUUCCUCCGGCUCCGCCGCCCAUGCCACCCAUUCCGCCAGCUCCGCCGCCCAUUCCUCCUGCUCCGCCGCCCAUUCCUCCCAUUCCUCCUGCGCCGCCCAUGCCGCCCAUUCCGCCAGCUCCGCCGCCCAUGCCACCCAUUCCAUCGGCGCCCAUUCCUUCUCCAUCUUCACCGUCUUCACCCUCUUCGUCUCCUUCUCCAGGCUCUUUCUUCUUCUUCUUCAUCACUAGACAGAUGAUGAGAAUGCAGAGGAGCAGAAGAAGCGGCACAAGAAUGCCGGCGACCAGCGGACCAGCUCCACCUUUGCCUUCACUCUUGACAGCCUUGCCAGGGUCACCCACGCCAGCGCCAAUGAUGGACUCUGUGGUUGACGUUGUUGUUCCUCCAAGACCGCCGCCGACGCCACCGCCACCAGUGCCUCCUGUCGUGCCAUCGCCUUUGUCGCCUGUGCCGCCUGGGCCGCCUGUGCCGCCUGGGCCGCCUGUGGCGGUGCCAUCACCUCCCUUUGUGGUACCACCGCCGGUGUCUGUGCCUCCUCCGCCAGGUGGCCCGGUGGAGCCGCCGCCCGGCUGGCCCGGUCCAGGCUCACUUCCGUCAGAUUUAGUGGUUUGAGUGUCGUCAGUGCCUCCUCCCGGUAAGGGGCCCGGCACAUUGCCGUCUCCUUCUGUGGUGUGUUCUCCACCGUGGGUGUCGUCACCGGUAUCUGUCGGCUCCGUGGCCGGCGUCGGCUUUCUUGUUCCUCUUGUUUUACCCAUUCUAUUUGUCGGUCUUGUUCCAUCAGUGGGGAUUGUUCCCGUGGGACGCGUGUACGGCCCGAGGUCCGUAGCCAAAGUUUUUGUCACCUUUUUCGUCGGCUUCGUCGGAGGAGGAGUAGGGAAGCGAGUUGAUUUCGUACUUUGAGUUGUUGGCUUGGUGACUUUGUCAAAGAAAGGAAGCUCUAUUCCAGGUCUUGGUAUUGGGAAUUUCGUUGACCAUCCUGGUGGUUGUCUUGGUAUGCGUAUGCAAGUUGCUAUGUAUAUAUGCAGGUCGAAGUAGCAAUCAUAAUCGUAUAUGGUCGUCGGACUAACUGUCGGGGCCUGUGUCGGCACCGUGGCUG